AUGCCUACCGAGCCCAUCAAAAUCCCUAUACCCCAGGCUUCCCAGCCCAUCAAAAUUCCUAUACCCCAGCCUUCCCAGCCCAUCAAAAUCCCUUUAUCGCAGCCUUCCCAGCCUAUCACAAUCCCUAUACAUCUGCCCCCUCCCCCCCCCCCUCCCCAGCCCAUCAAAAUCCCUACACCUCAGGCUUUCAAGCCCAUAAAAAUCCCCAUACCCAAGCCUUCCCAGCCCAUAAAAACGGUAGCCUUCCCAGCCCAUCAAAAUCCCUAUAUCCUAGCCUUUACCGCAGCUUUCCCAGACCAUCAAAAUUCCUAUUUCAAAGCCUUCCCAGUCAAUCAAAACCGCAGCCUGCCCAGCCCAUCAAAAUCUUUACACCCCAGCCUUCCCAGCACAUCAAAAUCCCUAUACCCAUCCUUCCCAGCCCAUCAAAAUCCCUUUACCGCAGCUCUCCCAGCCCAUCAAAAUCCCUACAUCUCAGGCUUCCCAGCCCAUCAAAAUCUCUAUACCCAAGCCUUCCCAGCCCAUCAAAAUCCCUACACCCCAGCCCUCGCAGCCCAUCAAAGUCCCUAUACCCCAGCUUUCCCAGCCCAUCAAAAUCCCUACACUUCAGCCUUCCCAGCACAUCAAAACAGUUCGUGGACGUCGGGAUCAUUAAUCCGAUGCCUUCCCAGCCACUCAAAACCGCAGCCUGCCCAGCCCAUCAAAAUCCCUUUACCGCAGCCUUCCCAGCCCAUCAAAAUCCUUUAUACUCCAGCCCUCCCAGACCAUCAAAAUCCCUAUACCGUAGUACUCUCAGCCCAUCAAAAUCCCUUAUACUCCAGCCCUCCCAGACCAUCAAAAUCCCUAUACCCAUCCUUCCCAGCCCAUAAAAAUCCCUUUACCACAGCAUUCCCAGCCCAUCAAAAUCUCCAUACCUCAGGCUUCCCAGCCCAUCAAAAUCCCUACACUCCAGCCUUCCCAGCCCAUAAAAAUCCCUAUACCGUGGCCUUCCCAGCCCAUCAAAAUCCCUAUACCGUAGUCUUCUCAGUCCAUCAAAAUUCCUAUAUCCAAGCCUUCAAUGCCCAUAUAAAUCCCUAUUCCGAUGCCUACCGAGCCCAUCAAAAUCCCUAUACCCCAGGCUUCCCAGCCCAUCAAAAUUCCUAUACCCCAGCCUUCCCAGCCCAUCAAAAUCCCUUUAUCGCAGCCUUCUCAGCCUAUCACAAUCCCUAUACAUCUGCCCCCUCCCCCCCCCCCUCCCCAGCCCAUCAAAAUCCCUACACCUCAGGCUUUCAAGCCCAUAAAAAUCCCCAUACCCAAGCCUUCCCAGCCCAUAAAAACCGUAGCCUUCCCAGCCCAUCAAAAUCCCUAUAUCCUAGCCUUCCCAGCCCAUCAAAAUCCCUACAUCCCAGCCUAGCCCAUCAAAAAAUCCCUUUACCGCAGCCUUCCCAGACCAUCAAAAUUCCUAUUUCAAAGCUUUCCCAGCCAAUCAAAACCGCAGCCUGCCCAGCCCAUCAAAAUCUCUACAUCCCAGCCUUCCCAGCACAUCAAAAUCCCUAUACCCAUCCUUCCCAACCCAUCAAAAUCCCUUUACCGCAGCCUUCCCAGCCCAUCAAAAUCCCUAUAUCCAAGCCUUCCCAGCCCAUCAAAAUCCCUACACCCCAGCCUUCCCAGCCCAUCAAAAUCCCUUUACCCAAGUCUUCCCAGCCCAUCAAAAUCCCUUUACCGCAGCUCUCCUAG